AUGUAAACCCAGCUUUAGUGUUUAGUGUACCGGUGCUCAGCAGGCUGUAUUUCAAAAUAAAAAAUUCGUUAUAAUUUUUAGGAUUUCCUAAGCGAGAUAUACAAAGUUUUUAUAUUUACUUUUCGUCAUUUAAUCAUACGAGUAAAAAGGGAAUUAUUUUGUUUGAUUGGCAGUUCUUAUACUUUCUUUUUUUCCAUCAGUUUUAUUGAAAAUACGAGAACAAUUUCACAUUGGGUUCGCUUUUUCCAACAUAGAGCAAAAUGCCCCGUACAAGACCAGUUCGAAAAAUGAAGCAAUCUCAAGAUUCCUCAGAUCAGAUAGACGUAUUAAUAAAAGAUUUCGAGAGGCAAGGCAAUUUAUUAAGAACCAAAAUUGAAAGAGAAAUGGAAAUGAGGAUAAAAGGACUGGAAACAAAUACAACCUUUGCUUUGUCACGUCUACCAUCAGAUAUUAAAAAGCUAACAUUAGGCGAAAUUUUGUCUCUUGAUAUUAAGGAUAAGGAUAAUGAUAAGGAUAAGGAUAUGGAUGUAUCGUCUGAUAACGUGGAUAAAUCAUUUGUCUCUCCACCACCAACGAACAUGAAAUUUAAGAAACAAGACAAAAGGACGACUGUUGCAUCGGAUGAUGGAUACGUGACGGAAGGAGCAUCAAGACAAUCGCGAGCUACAGUCACCGGCAAUUCGAAAUUACGCUUGCGAAGCUCAUCGCGAUCUAGAAAAACGAAAUUAAUGAAUUCAGUACAAAAGAGUGUCACAAAGCCAACGAAGAAUUACAUUAAUCAAUCUAAAGUAAGCACAAGUAAAUACAAAACACCGGCCCCAUUAAAACUGUCAGCCAAUGAAUUUGGACCAGUAACGCCAAAAGUGAAACCCAACACUCCAAUGAGUAUAUUGCGACGCCCUCGAGAGGGAGAAAUGGUACUCAGCAUGCAAGGCAGUCCUUUGUUAGUGUCGACUGAUGUUCAAGAACGCUCUGCCAAUGUCAAUGUUCCUCUCAACAAUGGCGAUAUUAUUUCACUUUUACCAAAAGACGGCCUGCGACUUUCGAAUAUUCCCUCUCUCGAUGCCGAGACAAAACGACAAUUGCAAACUCUUAAGGGACACAUUGAAAAGUUUAUUAAUUCAAAAUAAUUUAAAACCUUUGUCUUGUUGACAAUUUAUAGUCAAUCCCUUCAAGUGAAGAGGUUUGAAAACCUCUUUGAAGGUUAUUUCAAGUAAUGAGUCUAAUAAAUAUGCUAUAUUUUUUGUCAACAGUAUUUUUAAUAUUACAAUAUAAGAAACUGCUAUUUUUUAUAUACACGAUUACAAUUAAAUUUUAAUGUUCUUUUUUUAUACAUCCGAUUGAAGAAUCAAAAUAUAAUAAACAUUGAAAGCAAAAUUUAGAAAUUAAAUUAAUAUUAGAAUAUAGUUAGAAUUAAGAGUGUGAGAAGAAUUUUAGUUAAAACUAAAUUAAACUGCAUGUUGUGCCUGUUGAAAGUUAUUCACAAAUUCAAUUUUGUAAUUUUCUUAAAUCAGCAUUCACUUUAAUGACACACUCUUUUUAACACCAGUUUUGAUGCCGGACAUUUCGCCUCCAUAUCGUUUAAGUUCUCUUCUAACUUCUCGAACCUGUAAAAUUAAUUGAACAAUGAAAGACCAAUAAAUAUUAUUUUAUUAGGUCGUUUAUUAGAAAGUACCAAUUUAUGAGUGUAAUUAAGUGUAUGAAUUGUGUGUGAAAUAUAUAAAAUAAUAAUUAUUAUACGCAA